AGAAGAUAUCGAGCACCUUUUGAGCUGCCCACAGUCGCCUUAUCUUGUUCGAGGGAAUGGUUCGCGAGCUACCUGAGCUUUGAUGUCCGCGUAUAUGGCACAAACAACACGCCCUUCGCUAAUGUUGCGGCUUCUUGCUCUUCUCGAUUGUCCUCUUUCGUUUCAUCCAUCGGACCCAGGUGCUUCCGGAGCGCUCCGAAAGUGUAAACAUGGCCGCGGUAAUGGGCCUGAUGAUGGGCCUAGGGGCGGUAUCCGGAUGACGGCAAUCAGUGAGUGGUGCCGAGGGCAUCGAAAUGAGAAGGUUGCAUCACAGAGGCCUUUUACGUGCAUCUGGGCGGUACAAUUGCUGUUGUGUAAUUCUUUUAUGGAUUACGUGAGGGAACUUGGAAACAGGACCAAGUUAUGUAUGCACUUACAGAGCAUUGUACAUAUGCACAUGCUUUCAAUGAGGAGGGAUUAUCGAACAGAGGAACUGAAGGUGCGGCGACGCGUGCGGUCCUAGCCGCCAAACCCGCGGUUACAUGUAUGUAUGUAUGUACUUGCUCCCUGACCUCCUCGGUUGUGUCCUAUAAAUUAUCCAGUCGCAGAGUCAACUGAAGGAUCUGGCGGUUGAGCCUACCGUACUUCGUCGCUAUAGGUACUGUACUUUGUGGGAGAUGUGUAACUUUGUCAACGGUUACACGGUGCUCCAGAAGACAAAAAAGGGAGGCCAGCAGAGUGACGUUGCGUUGAGGGGUUGGGUUCGCCCCUCAAACAUUUUUUCCCCUUUCU